AUGACUAGUCAGUUGGUACAUUGUAGAGUUCUGAAUAGACAGGGGUCAAAGGAAUUUUAUUGUACUUUUGUGUAUGCUUUUAAUGAUGGCAAUGGAAGAAGAGAAGCUUGGAAGGACUUGGAGGACCUGGCUAAGGACAUUACUGGCCCUUGGUUAUUAUCAGGAGACUUUAACUGUGUAAUGAAUGUUAAUGAGAGGAUUGGAUCUGUGGUGAGACACCAGGAGAUUGCAGAUCUUUGUAGUUGUAUGAAUGUGUGUGGUAUGCAAGAUAUGGCUAGCACUGGAUGCUUAUUCACAUGGAAUAAUAAGCAACAGGGAGAAAGUAGAGUCUAUAGUAAAUUGGAUAGGGUCAUGAUCAAUCAGGAAUGGAUAAACCAAUUUCAGCACUCAGCAGCUCAGUUCUUACCUGAAGGCUUAUUUGAUCAUUGUCCAGUUGAAAUAAAUGUUUAUCCUCAGUUGCAGAUGGGAAGAAGGCCUUUUAAAUAUUUCCAUAUGUGGAGUCUUUCUGGGAAAUUUGAUGAAAUUGUUACAGAAGCUUGGAGUAGUAUUCAGGUGGGGACUCCUAUGUAUCAGGUGGUGAAGAAGCUCAAGAAGGUUAAGGAGGCUCUCAAACAGUUAAAUAAGGCAGGCUUUGAUGAGAUUCAAAGUAAGGAACUGGUUGCUCUUACUGAAUACAAAGCAUUACAAGACCAGUUACAUCAGAAGCCUGGUGAUGUUGAGUUAGCUGAUAAAGAAAGAACUGCUGGCCAUGAGUACAGUAGAGUUCAUAAACAAUACAUGGCUUUUUUGGCACAAAAAGCUAAAUUAGCUUGGUGCAUAGGUGGAGAUGAGAACAGUGCAAUCUUUCAUCAGUCAAUUAAAGCUAGAAGGAUGCAAAAUACAAUUUAUGCUAUACAUGAUGAGCAAGGGUCUGGCAAGAAGAUGUGCUGGGUGUGA